UGACGUCACUAACGGUCGCACUUGGAAGUGUUCAGGGCGCCGUUUGAAACACAAGGACAGCUGUAGGUAGUGGACCGUGCAGCCGCAGGGCAGCGACAUAUUUCCAUCUUUUGUCAAAUAAGUGGGGCGUAGACACUGCGAAAUGGAGGGUAAAGAGAGUAAAGAGCCAGAACAGCUGAGGAAGCUCUUCAUUGGUGGUCUAAGCUUCGAGACAACCGAGGACAGUUUACGUGCACACUUUGAGCAAUGGGGAAAGCUUACAGACUGUGUGGUGAUGCGAGAUCCAGGGAACAAGCGGUCACGGGGCUUUGGUUUUGUAACAUACUCCUGUGUAUCUGAAGUGGAUGCAGCCAUGGCAGCUCGACCGCAUAAAGUGGAUGGUCGCGUUGUUGAACCGAAACGGGCAGUUUCCCGUGAGGACUCAAAUAAACCAGGGGCCCACUUGACGGUGAAAAAGAUCUUUGUUGGUGGGAUUAAGGAGGACACUGAAGAAUAUCACAUACGUGAAUACUUUGAGCAGUAUGGGAAGAUUGAGAGCAUUGACAUUAUGGAGGAGCGAUCAACGGGGAAAAAGAGAGGGUUCUGUUUUGUAACGUUUGAUGAUCAUGACACUGUGGAUAAAAUUGUAGCUCAGAAAUACCACACCAUAAACUCCCAUAACUGUGAAGUCAGGAAAGCACUGCCUAAACAGGAAAUGCAGGCAGUUUCUAACCAGAGGUAUCGUGGUGAUAAUUUCAUGGGCAGAGGAGGCAAUUUUGGAGGUGGUAACUUUGGUAGAGGUGGCUAUGGAGGAGGCCGUGGAGGCUAUGGAGGAGAUGGCUAUGAUGGAUUUGGUGGAGAUGGUGGGAACUAUGGCGGUGGUCCAGGUUAUGGUGGUGGGCGUGGAGGAUUUGGAGGAGGUCCUGGUUAUGGUCACCAGGGUGGAGGAGGAGGAGGUGGAUAUGGUGGAGGAUAUGACAACUACAACGAUGGACGCAACUUUGGCGGGAACUUUGGUGGAGGAGGAGGUGGAAACUACAAUGACUUUGGGAAUUAUGGGGGGCAGCAGUCAAACUAUGGCCCCAUGAAAGGAAAUAACUAUGGAGGAAGGAACUCAGGUGGACCAUAUGGAGGUGGCUAUGGUUCAGGUGGCGGUGGUGGUGGUGGCAGCUAUGGGUCAAGGCGAUAUUAAUGUGUAUAUAUUUAUGAUUGAAUCUGAAGCGGCUGCUCAGCAAAACUUGUAUGACACGUUUUCAGCGAAAGGUCUGGAUGGGUAAGAUUAAUUCCUCAAAAUAUGUGUGGAAAGUUGUACAGUAUCCUCCCAUAGCCACAGACAUUCUCAACUAGAAACUACAGUGAAAAACUUCUCUGUUAUUUACAAUACAGGAUAGAUAAUGAUGCUGGGCUUUAAACUUUACGCUAGUUACAAGUCUUAGCUUCAAGUGAGGAUUAAAGGUUUUCAUAGAUUGAAUUUAAAUUUUAAAUUGAUAAUCUUUAUACUUAUUGGUAUUCAGAGUGGUUAAGACUUCUUUAUCAUUAUAAAAAUUCUUUUGUGACGUUUGAGAGCAUUCAGGUAUUUUGCAUCUGUGCGCAUAAUAAUGAAAUUAAUUAUUUCAUCCACAAAAGAAAAAGCUCACCUCAGCAAUCAGGCCAGUGUGCAAAUAGAAGCCCAAAGGUUAAUUUUCUCACAUUUUACUACAUAUUACAUUUUUCCUGCUUUAGCUAACCAGAGCUAGUUUACCAUCUAAUUAAUACUGCAGUAGUGCACUAGGACCAUCUGAGAAACAAUGACUCUAGAAAAUGCCGAAAGUCAGAAUGAGCAGAAUGCACAUACAAAUAAGAUGUAGAAAUGUGCAGUAUAAUCUUAAUUUAAUGCUACUAAUAGACCUACACAUAAAAAUCAGAAAGUUUGAAAAAGUUGUGAAAAGGUUUGUUUAAAAUGGAUAUAUAAUAUAAAUGCUAUUAAUAAUUGCUGAUCACAUCCAUUUCCAGAAGUACACAAUAUAGGCAAAGGUUUGAGGACACCUGACCAUCAUGCCUGCAUGUUUGUUUGUUUGUUUUUUUUAUUAAAUAAUUUUUUAAUUAAUUAAUUUAUUUUUGUAUAUGCCAAUCUACAUUUAGUCCAAUUGAGUACUAGUGAGAUCAGGCACUAAUAUUGAGCAGGUAAUCCUGGGGAACAGUCAGUGUUUCAAUUCAUCCCAAUGGUGUUUUGAGGUCAGGAGUCUGCUCAAGUUCAAAUCCAACCUUGGCAAACUGUCAUUAUGGUGUUUACUUUGUGCACAGGGACACUGUCAUACUGGAACCGGUUUGGACUGCUUAGUUCUAGAAAAGGGAAAUUUUUAAAGCUAAAGCAAACAAAGACAUUGUAUACAAAUGUGUACUUCCAAAUUUGUGGAAACAUUUUGAAGAAGAACCACACUGGUUUGAUGGGCUGGUGUCUACAAACAUUUGGCUAUGUUGUGUAAAAUAUAAAGUGGUGAUGAGCUUUACCCAAAUAGGUUGGUAUGGAGAGCGAAUUUGUCACUGACAUUUUAUUAAAUGUGUCAAAUAUAUUUGGCCUUUAUUAGAUAUAACUGUAAUUAAUAUGUGGUUCUUAUGUGGUUAUGGGAGGAUAUAUUUUACACCUAGAGUACAUUUACUUAUUUUUUUAACUGGAUAGCAUAGGUUUUCUCAUAUA